CUAUUUCAGCAUCUUUUGGGGAGUGGUGACAACCACAGAGAAGACGCAGCUGAGCCCGGGAGACCUGAUGGCGGGCUGAGCCUCCGGCUCGAGGCGGACGCAGGAGGUCUGGAGAAGGAGCUAGCGGGGCUCAUGGAUGGGGAUUUAGCCAUCGGAAAGAUGGCUUCCUCCACCAGUCCCAUGGGCCCUAUCGACAGCCUGGAGCUCCUGGAUCUACUGUUUGACCGGCAGGAUGGCGUUCUGAGACACGUAGAGCUGGGAGAAGACUGGGGCCGUGGGGAGGACCAGGUCCUGCCAGGCACAGACUCUGAUGACUUCCUCAACUCCAUCCUGGGUUCUGGAGAUUCAGAUUCCCCAACCUGGUCCCCCGCGGCCAGUGACAGUGGCAUCUCAGAAGAUCUGCCCUCUGACCCCCAGGACACGCCUCCACGCGGUGAGGUGCCUGCCGCGCCUGCCGGCUGCCAUAGUGUGGAGUCUGGUGAGGGGCCCUGCCCCUCUUACCAUCCUGGCCCCACCUGCCCUGCGAGGCACCUCGGGCCAGCGGCCCAAAGGCUUGAGACUUCUGUCGCUAUAGACCUGGAAAUGUGGAGCCCAGGCGUCUAUGCCGAGGAGCAGACUGACCUGGCUGACUCACCCUCAUGCUACAACCUCACGGUCAAGGACCUCCUCCUCUCCAGCAGCAGCGGGGACCUGCAGCAACAUCAGCUGGCAGCCCCCCACCUGUUGCAACCUGGGACUGGGCACUGCCAGGAGCUGGUGCUGACGGAGGAUGAGAAGAAGCUACUGGCCAAAGAAGGCAUCACUCUGCCCACUCAGCUGCCCCUUACCAAGUACGAGGAGCGAGUGCUGAAAAAGAUCCGCCGGAAAAUCCGAAACAAACAGUCAGCUCAAGAAAGCCGGAAAAAGAAGAAGGAAUACAUUGAUGGCCUGGAGACUCGGAUGUCAGCCUGUACCGCCCAGAAUCAAGAGCUUCAGAGGAAGGUCUUGCAUCUCGAAAAGCAGAACCUGUCUCUCUUGGAACAGCUGAAGAAACUCCAGGCCAUUGUGGUCCAGUCCACCAGCAAAUCGGCACAGACGGGCACCUGCAUAGCAGUCCUGCUCUUCUCCUUCGCCCUCAUCGUCCUUCCCUCCAUCAGCCCUUUCGCCUCCAACCGAGCCGAGAGCCCCGGAGACUUCGCACCUGUGCGAGUUUUCUCCAGGACUCUACACAACGACGCAGCAUCCCGAGUGGCUCCCGACGCUGCACCAGGCUCCGAGGCCCCCGGACCCGGGCCCAGCACUGGCGCACUUCAGGAAAGGUCUCCAGGCAGCCCUCCUGGGGAAUGGGAAUCCCGGGACACACGUGCUCUGGACAACUCGACAGAGGAUCUGGACAACUCAACUCUGGUCCAGGGCAACUCCGUGAAGGAACUGGACCGGGCCACCCUGCUGGACUGUGCCCCGCCUGAGCCAGCAGUCAGCCCGGGCCGCGUGGGGCUGGAGGCAUCAGGGGGGGAGCUGUGAGCACCAUGGGUCCCUGCCCCCCUCUCCACCCCGGCCCCUCUACUCAGGGGUGCUUCAAUAGGUGCUGUAGUGGACAGGGACAGGCAUGGGGAUCCGAGGUGAGAGAGAGACCCUGGAGAAGGUAUCAGGAUGGAGAUGCACAGAUACACAGCUACAGACCCAGGGACCCAGGUACACACCGAAACUGAUUCUCAGGCACAGACCAUAAGGCCACAAAGCCUGAGAAAUCUAGAUGCAGACCCAGGUGCGGAAGGAAACAGGGACACCCACAGACUGACCCCUGACCUAGACAGAUCGAUAUACACCAGGCCUCAAUAACUACCCCCCUACCCCGACCCUGGGGACUCCUCCCUGCCCCCUCGCACACACGGAGGAGAAAGCAGCCAAGUCUGCAGGGACCCUGGCCCCAGAGCACGGGAUGAGCCCUAAACUUGGGCGCUGCCACGACCCUUUCCUUUUCCUUUUUUUAGACUGCCAUGAUCCUUAAUAAAGUAUCUUGGCAGAACACGGCUGGCGUGGAGGUGGAGUGGGAUGGCGGCUAUUUUGAGUCUGGGGCUCCCCAACCCACAGAAGGAAGGACUGGGCCAGCCAAAGAUAGAGGAGUGACGUGGAGGAGUCCCUGGACCCCAAGGCUGGAGCGGCGACGAGAGGCGCCAGGGUUGCCUUCAGGACCUUGGAGAGCGGCGGCUGGUGGAAGGCAGGGCGCGCCAGGAGCGCGAGGUUCUGACGACUCUGGCCCCUCCCCGCCCCGUCCCAGACCCUUCAAGGGAAGGCCUGGGGCAGCUGCUUUCCUAGGGGGCUAGGCUGCCCACCUGGCUCGUCUUAUGGAUGAGGAGACUGAAGCGUCGGGAAUGAAGGGACUCGCCCAAGGUCACAGCUGGGGAGCAGGGACCCCAGCUGCACCCACGUUCUUCCUUUAAAGAGUCACAACCGGAUCCCUGCCCGCUUUGCGCAGGUGCGGGGAUGUGGGGUCGGGUGGGGGUUUGCAAUCGUGAUUAGAAGAUGCGGCCUCUCUCCUCGAGGGGCUCACAGCCUAGUAGCAGAGGGCACGUAUUAAAGAAUCACAGAAAUAAUA